GAGUUUGUGUUUGCACCGACGGCCUCGACAGAGGAAUACGAGGAAAUUCCAGAGACCAGAUUCAACCACGUUGUCACCGGCUACGCAUCUGGAGCCUCCGUCAACUCUUCACUGCCUGACGAUGGAGAGACAUGCUUGCUGGACAUCCUGGACACUGCAGGACAAGAGGAGUAUUCGGCCAUGAGAGAAUGUUACAUGCGAAGUGGUGACUGUUUCAUCAUUGUCUACUCGGUGACUGACCGACAGAGUUUCCAGGAGGCUCAGAGCAUCUUUGAGUUCACCAAGAGAAUCAGAGAUGCUGACAUGCCAGUGGUGAUAUGUGGGAACAAGUGUGACCUCCAGAGUCAGAGAGAGGUGGCCACCCAGGAGGGUGUGGCCUAUGCCGACAAAGUUGGCUGGCCGUUCUUCGAGACAUCUGCGAAGCUCAGGAUUAACAUUGACGAGGCCAUCCACGAACUCGUUCGCAGAACACCUCGUCUGAGGGGCAGGGAGUACAAACUGGUGAUCCUGGGCUCUGGUGGAGUUGGCAAGUCCAGCAUCUGCACCCAGUUUGUGAUGAACCAGUUCAUUGACCAGUACGACCCCACCAUCGAGGACUCGUACCGCAAGCAGGUGGUGGUGAAAGGAAUCCCACAGCAGAAGAAGGCAAAGAAGGCCUCUGGAGGCAAGAAAAGCGCCAAGAAGCCUGAAGUUACCAGCAGUGGAGCUCCAAAAACUUCUAAAACGUCGCAGUUUCCUGGGCAGUCUGUUUCAUCGCUCAUCUGGAGCCUCCUCUCUGCUGCUGCUGCCUCUGUUCCUGAAACCACAACUACACCAGAAACCACACACCCUCCUCCACCGGCCGAGGAAGCCAAGACGGUGCAGGUCCCUCGGUGUCGUACGAAUGCCAUGCUGCUGUCACUGGGCAGCCUGGCCCAGGAGCCAGCUGGGGUGGGGGAGGGAGAGGUGGAGCAGUGUCUCCAGUGUGGAGCUGUGGUCUCCUGCCUCUCGUGUGUCACCUCCAGUAAUGGAGUCACUAUGUGGAACUGUGAGUUUUGUGGGCAGGAGAACAGUCUUAGUCACGUGUCCCCAGAGAGUGUCCCGCAGAGCCACUGCACAGACCAUCUCCUGGAGCCAGCUCAGUCUGAGGAGGGAGAGAAAGGAGAGCCGGCCGACAAUGAGAAAGACGUGACGGGGAAGAAGGAGGGAGAGGGAGGGAGCAAGAAGAGCAGCGGUGGACUGGUGAUAUUUGCAGUUGACAUCAGUGGCUCCAUGUGCAGCACCACUGAAGUUCCAGCUCUACAAGCUGAGUGGGCCUCGGCAGCAGGCAGAGGAGGAGGGACGAGGUACAUCUCUCGUCUGGACGCCAUCAAGGAGGCUGUGGCACGACAUCUCGACCACAUGGCACUCACCUUCCCAAACAGCACCGUGGCUCUGGUGACCUUUGACAACAAGGUUCGUUACUACGGUGAUGGUAGUCAGAGCAUGAGUCAGCUGGACACGGGCUCUCUGGACGACGUGGAGGAACUCAUGUCGCAGGGGAAGAUGUUUGGCAGCGACCUGACUCUCAGGACACUCCAGGACUCUCUCAGUGAUGUGAAGCAGUGUGUGAGUGGACUGGCCACAGGAGGCAGCACAGCUCUGGGCCCUGCACUGGCUAUGUGUGUCGGGAUGGCGUCCAACUUCCCCUCUGCCGAGAUCAUAGUCUGCACUGACGGAGUCUCCAAUGUGGGCUGCGGCAACAUCUCCAGGGGAGACACCGGGUUCUAUACCUCGAUGGGUGAGUAUGCACAGGACUCUCACACGACUGUGUCGGUGCUGGGCAUCGAGGGCUCCGACUGUGCCAUGCAGCACCUCUCGUCCUGUGCCGCCAUCACCAGUGGCACAGUCAACAUCCUCCAUCCUCUCGAGAUGGUCCGACAGAUACGACUCAUCUCCCAGAACCCCACUCUCGCCACCGAGGUCGAGGUCGUCUACCUCAUGCCCCCGGUCGUUAGCGCUGUCGGGAGGGAGUCCGAGGCGGCCCAGGUCACCAAGGUUACGGAGUGGGUGGGGAACGCGACGAGGGAGACUGACGUCAGCCUACAUUUCUCACUGGACGGGAAGAAACUGAAGAAUGUCACCUCUGUGCCUUUCCAAGUUCAGAUCAGGUACCGCCGUAAGGACGGGUCCAAGUGGCUGAGAGUCAUCUCCCAGUCACGGCAGGUAUCCCAGAGACGAGAGGACGUGGAGAGAGCCAGCAACAUGGCCGUCGUCGGUCUCUCUGCCGUCCAGCGCUCGGCAAGACUGGCCCAGGAGGGCAAAGUUCAACAGGCCAGGGAGACACUUCAUGCGGUGGAGGUGAUGAUGGGAAGAGGAUCAGUGAGCGACCAGCAACAGGAAGAGUACGCCAUCUACCGCGAGGCCGCGGAGGCACUGGACCGCCAGCUCAUGCAGCAGAGGGACUCAGACGAGGCCGUCAAGAUGCUCCAC